CCUAAAUCCCCAAACCCUCUCUACCCUCCAGAAUGCAGGCAGCCCGGCACGCUCGUCAGCCUCAGGCCACUCACUCACGCUCGUCAGCCAGGCGGCCACUCCAGUCUCCAGGCUCCACUCCGCUCUCCAUUCAUUAGGUUGAAUUGGAAGGAUGGGCCGUAAGGCUGGGGCAUUGUAUAUAAACCCGAAGAAGUUUUCAAAUAUCAACAAACCUUGCAUGCAGGAGAUGUUGGCAUUCCUCAAUUGUUUGUCUCUCAGUCAGAAUAAUGAUGAGAAAUGUCAACGGCAAAAGGAACUGUUGAAUGCCUGUAUGGAUGCUCAGAGUGGAAAGAACAGAAAGGCUUGGGGAAGCAUCAAUUAUCAACUACAGAGGCUUAGCAGAGGAAGGAGAUAAUUGCACUUCUGUGAAUGGUAAUAUCAUUUCUAGGAUAUUCUAACAAUGUGAACUACAAUCCAUUUGUGAGUUAUUUCUCAAUUUGCACUAAAGCAUUGGAGAAAAACAAAGGUUUUGUAUGGAAGUUUUUUUUUGAAUCAGUAGCUGGGCUGCAUAUUUAUCUAUACCAUUGAAAUAACAUGAGGAAAGAAAAGCAUUGUGUGUCAAUUGCACAGUUGUGUUUGACUUUUAAAAAUGCUGGGCUUGGCGG